AUGAAAGAUUUCUUGUUAUCUUGGGAGAUGCGAUUACGGAUUGCCAUUAAAGUUGGUGGAGCACUUUCCUAUCUACACUCGGCGACAUCCAUUCCGAUUUAUCACCUUGACAUCAAGUCUACAAACAUACUCCUAGAUGAGAAAUACAAAGCAAAAGUAUCUGAUUUUGGAUCUUUAAGAUCAAUAUCCAUCGAUCAAACUCACUUGACCACUCUUGUGCAAGGUACCUUUGGCUACUUAGAUCCUGAGUACUUCCAGUCUAGUCAAUUCACAGAAAAGAAUGAUGUUUAUAGCUUUGGAGUGGUUCUUGUUGAGCUCAUAAGUGCACAAAAACCGAUAUUUUCUGUAAGCCAGACAGAAACUAGAAGUUUAGCCACGCAUUUUAUUAUGUUGAUGGAAGACAAUAGACUGUCUGAUGUUCUUGAUGCUAGAGUUAAGGAGGGCUGUCAGAAUGAAGAAGUUAUCUCUGUUGCUAAUCUUGCGAAAAGAUGCUUGAAUUUGAAUGGGAAAAAUCGACCUACAAUGCGAGAAGUCACAUCAGAGUUGGAGAGGAUAAUUGGAUUGUCUCAAGAAGAGCUAAAUAUUCAAGAGAACUGUAAAAUAUCAAAAAACACCAUGGAUGAUGCAAGCAAUGAUUGGGAUGCAGUUUCGACAUCAAUCACUGGUGAUUUUGAUACUGGCAGGACUCCAUCAUCCGAUGGUGAACCAUAG